GACAUCAUUCGUUGCAUUAGAUAUCACAUUAGCGACUUUAUUAAGUUGAAGGAUAGAGAUCUUAUUAAGGCACAACUUGGUCUGGGUCACAGUUACUCGAGAUCAAAGGUAAAGUUCAACGUACACAAGGUGGACAAUAUGAUCAUUCAGGCCAUCUGCACAUUGGAGCAGAUCGACAAGGAUCUCAACACGUAUCACAUGAGAGUGCGCGAGUGGUACUCGUGGCAUUUCCCCGAGAUGAUCAAGAUCGUCAAGGAGAACAUCCACUUUGCCCGUCUGAUCAAGCUCAUUCAGAACAAGACCGACAUCAAGGAGAGCAUGGUCGAGGACAUUGCCAAGAUCGUCGACGACGAGUCGCUCGCCAAGGACAUCUACAACGCCGCCAAGGCUUCCAUGGGCACUGACAUCUCCACCAUCGAUCUCGAGUCCAUCCUGUCGUUUGCCGAUCGUGUCAUCUCGAUGCACGAGUACAGAGAGUCGCUGGAGCAGUAUCUCACCAAGAAGAUGCGCGACAUUGCCCCCAACCUCCAGGCCCUCAUUGGCGACCGUGUCGGUGCCAAGCUGAUCUCGCGUGCCGGUUCCCUCACCAACCUUGCCAAGUACCCCGCCUCCACCAUCCAGAUUCUCGGUGCCGAGAAGGCUCUGUUCCGUGCCAUGAAGGUCCGUGGCAAGACUCCCAAGUAUGGUAUCAUUUACAACUCGUCCUUCAUCAGCAAGGCCACACCAAAGAACAAGGGUAGAAUCUCGAGAUGUCUCGCCAACAAGGUGGCGUCGGCCACAAGAAUCGAUUGUUUCUCCGAGACCCCGACCGACAAGUUUGGUCUGUCGCUCAAGAAGCAGGUGGAGGAUCGUCUGGAGUUCUUCAACACUGGUGUGUCGCCCAAGAGGAACCUCGACGUCAUGAGAGAGGUCAUCAAGGAGGUCGAGAAGGACUUUGGCAUUGGCAGUGCCAGCACCACCCCAUCAAAGAAGCGCUCGCUGGACGACAGCAAGUCUGAGAAGUCCUCAAAGAAGACCAAGAAGGAGUCCAAGAAGGAGGAGUCCGACGAGGAGAUUGAGGAGGAGAAGCCAAAGGAGUCAAAGAAGUCAUCAAAGAAGGCUGAGCCAAAGAAGGAGGAGACCAAGAAGUCCUCAUCAAAGAAGGCAGCCGUCGAGUCUGAGGAGUCGGAGGAGGAGAAGGAGACCAAAAAGUCAUCAAAGAAGGAGUCUUCAAAGAGAAAGGAGAGAGAUGAGGACGCAAUGGAGGUUGAUGAGAAGCCAGCCGCCAAGUCAGAGAAGAAGUCAAAGAAGGCUGUUGAGGAGCCAAAGAAGGAGGAGAAGUCUACCAAAAAGUCAUCAUCAAAGAAGGAAGAGACCAAGGAGGAGACCAAGAAGUCAUCAUCAAAGAAGGCCGACAAGGAGGAGGAGGAGAAGAAGCCAAAGAAGUCCAAGAAGUAA